UAAUCAUCAUUCCACCAACAAUGGCGGAUUCGCCGUCGUCACAGUUUCCGCGCGAGAAACAGGGGUAUUUAAAUAAAUGGAGUAGGGGUUCUUUCCGUUUUUUUUUUAAUUCUGAUUUAAGGAUGAUCUUAAUAUAACGAAGCGGUGGUGGAACUAAGUGAAAUCACCAUGAGCACCUUUGGAGGAAUAAUGGCUGAGUAUCCACACAUUGUUCUUGACAGGUUUGUGGGCGCAUCGAAUCUGAAAGCCACUGCAUAUUUCUUAUCGCAUGCCCACACAGAUCAUAUGAUAGGAUUAGGUUCUACUGCUUUUUCUGAACGAUUAAAAAAGGGUUUUCCAAAUGUUCAUCUGUACUGUUCGGAAGUCACUAAGCUUCUACUGUUGAAAGAUUCCAGAUUUGAGCACUUGGAGCCAUAUAUUGUAUGUCUUCCCAUUGAUCAGCCAACAACAAUACAAACAGAAAGUGAAAGAAAGAAUGAAUCACUCAUUGUCACCCUACUGUCAGCAGGUCACUGUCCCGGGUCAGUCAUGUUUCUGUUUGAAGGAAGCAAAGGUGUUGUUCUGUACACUGGAGAUUUCCGUUUAAGUAAAGGAGAUGCUGCCCUCAUGAGUCAAUUACAUUCAGGAUCAAGUGUGAAAGACAUCAAGUGCAUUUAUGCAGACACAACAUUUUGUACGCCUAUGGCCAUGCAUAUACCAAGUAGGGAACAGUCACUGAGCUGUUUGGUAAAUCUUGUAGACAACCAUAUAUCCAAGAGUGAUCAUCAUCAAGUAAAGCUAGUCUGCAAAGCCAAAUAUGGAUAUGAAUACUUGUUUGUUGAACUCAGCAAAGCAUUUCGUAUGAAGAUUCAUGUGUCUCCGUACAUGAUGAUGCACUACCAGAUGGUACCGGAGUUGGCCUGUCACAUGACCUCCGAUGGGAGAAGCACUCAGAUCCAUGCAUGUAGCUACACUAAAUGUAGCGUGGCAAAUUCUGUCAAUACGAUUGCUAUUAAGCCAAGUACAAUGUGGUUUACAGGCUUUGCGCAACCGGAUGAAAUACUUGCAAAAGUCACUGAUGAUUUCUACAGGUUGUGCUUCUCAUUUCAUUCAUCCUACAGUGAGAUUCGUGACUUUAUUGGUUACCUCAAACCAAAGGAAGUUAAAGCAAACGUUGUUCCUAAGCGUUGUACAGAACAAGACAUCAUUAAUCGAUUAUCAGACUUGUUACCUGAUAGCAAGACAAACCAAUCAAAUGAGAGGAAUGCUGACCAAGGUUAUAAACCAUUGGGGUCACUCAAGAAGAAAUAUGUAAGAAGAAAAAGAAAAAUUGCUUAUGGAAUUAUUACAGCAAGACGCCAGCCAUAUAUUAAGCUAAGUUAUUCUUGUAUGUCAUGUUACAAGCGCAUCAAAUCAGAGUUGGCGAAAAUGAAUGUUUGGAUUAGGUAAUUUGGAAGUCAGGAUUUGUGAUAAACC